AAUCCCUAAUUCAUAAUGUUUGUCUUAUCAAAUCCCUAAUUCUCCAAAUCCUAUACUUCUCCCUCAGCCCUUUUUCCCGUGCAGCACCUUCACGUAGAGCAAUCGUCUCUCGUGGUCUCUGUAUCGAGGUCUGCUCUAAUCUGGGCUUUCUCCUCUACUUUCUUCGUUUUUGUGCUCACAAGUUCUUGUGAAGCUGCAUAAAAAAUUUAGACGCAAGAUUGGUCAGUCAUGAUACUGAGCAAUAAUUUAAGCCAGAAAACCCAUUAUGAGAUUAUUGGUGUGAAGGAAGAUGCCAGUCUUGAGGAAAUCCGUAAAACUUAUCGAUCUUCCAUUCUCAAUUAUCAUCCAGAUAAGCUGCAGAAGACAUGUGAAACAUCUAAUCCAGAACCUGAAUUGCAGAAUAGAUUUUUAGAGGUGCAAAGGGCAUGGGAAACCCUAGCCGAUCCAAGAUCACGAGCACUUUAUGACUGUGAACUGCGAACAAUGAGACAGGAUGCUGUAACUGCAGAUGAUGUCAGCUUAGAGGAUAUGACUAUUGAAGAUGCUGGCAGCUGCUUUGAACUUUCCUACUGCUGCAGAUGUGGUGAUUAUUUCUCAGUUGAUUCUCCCGAGUUAACUGAAAUGGGUUAUCGGUUUUUGAGGAAUGGGAAUAAAAUUUGUUUACAGACCCCAGGAUCUUUACCCACAUCUGUCAUUCUACCAUGUGGGUCUUGCUCCCUUAAAGUCCGGUUACAUAUUGAUGCCAAUAUUACACUCCAGACUGAGUAGCUGAUUUAAUGUCCUCAUUCAUUCAAUUUGCACUUUAGCAGGUGGUAUGGUGCUUGAAGUGCGUUUUCUUGAUGAAUGAUACCAUUAUUUCCUUAAAUCA